UGUCACCAUUUUUUUUUAUUCAUUUUGUUUUGGUUGUCUCUGAAGUAAAUUCAAUUUAUUUAAAAUAAAUAAUACCUACCUACGUAAAAGUAUCUUCUUAAAAGUAUUAUAAUAUAACUGCUAAAGACACGGAAGAAAGAACAAGCGCGCUUCUUUGUUUUGUGGCUAAACAAAAACGCGUUUGGAUGAUUGAAGGGAUGUAUUAAAAAUCUAGUGAUCCUUUGAAGUUACCGUUUAAGUUUUUAAAUUGCAGCCUUCCUCUACAUGAUUCCAAUAAUUUAAAGGAACCUCAUCUGGAAAUUUGAAGAACCUUGUAUAAUAUAACUAUGGCUAAUAAUAGUGAGAGUGUCAUAGACUUAACAGAAUGCUCCUUCACUCUAGUUAACCAUAAUCGUUUGGACAAUGUGAUAAUAAAUUUAGACACGGAAGACUCUUUCCGUGAAGAGAAUGUUGGCACUGUUAGCAGAGCAAGCAAAAGACGCAAGAGGCGGCAUUCGAGACUAAGGGCAGACAAUCAUCCAGAGACAUCUAUUCUGGAUCUAUGUACACCUGAUGUCAAGAAAAAAAAAUCUACUAAAUCCAAGAAUAAAUCUGGAAAAGUAGCCACUCCAGAUAACACUCCAGACAAAAUACCAAGACAGACCCUGGGAUGUCCUAUAUGCUUUGAAGAGUUCAGCGGUCAAGCUCUUGCUUCAACGAAUUGUGGACAUGUCUUUUGUUUGGAAUGUCUCAAACGCGCCCUCAAGUCUAAGCCGCAAUGCCCAACAUGUCGUACCUCGUUAAGAGGGAAAACUAAAUACCAUCCUCUUUUCUUAUAAACUAUUUUUGACACUCAACUACUUACUA